AAUCGCCUAGUGUAUAUCCGCCAUUCAUGCAAGUCGAUUUCGUUGGUUCUGUGUGUUGAGCCUAGCAAAGGAACAUGGUGAUAGUGGUAUGAAACAAGUCUAUUAGCAAUACCACGCUCUACACAUAUAUACUUUCCUGAAGUAACGAUGAUAUUUGGUCACGAUCUCCCUACGUAAAACUUAAGAAAGCGUUACUCGAAUGAUCAGUUAAAAGAUGCUGGUCAAAUAAUACCCAAGGAAUCAAAUUGAUCGAGUUGACGCAGCACAUAUUUAGUAAAUACUAUGGGGGCACUUUUGGAUACUCCGAAAACAGAAAAAUAUAAUGAGCAUGGUGAAAGCAAUGGAUUACGCUAUGGUGUUUCCAGCAUGCAAGGUUGGAGAGCAGAGAUGGAGGAUGCUCACAGAGCAAUAACUGGCUUAAAUGGUGGUCUGUCAGAUUGGAGCUAUUUCGCAGUGUUUGAUGGUCAUGCUGGGGCAUUAGUAUCUGCUCAUAGUGCAGAACAUUUGUUAGAAUGUAUAAUACAAACAGAAGAGUUUAAAGCAGAAGACGUUGUCAAUGGAAUUCACUCGGGCUUUCUCAGAUUUGACAGAGCAAUGAGAGACUUACCAGAAAUGAGUUCUGGCACAGAUAAAUCUGGUUCCACAGCUGUCUGUGCAUUUAUAUCUCCCAGAAAUAUAUAUAUUGCUAAUUGCGGUGAUUCUAGAGCUGUACUCUGUAGAGCAGGUGGUCCCGUUUUCGCAACACGGGACCAUAAACCUGUUUUGCCAGCUGAAAAAGAAAGAAUUCAAAAUGCUGGUGGUAGUGUAAUGAUACAGAGAGUUAAUGGAGCUUUAGCUGUUUCUCGAGCAUUGGGAGAUUAUGAGUACAAAAAUUUAAAAGAUCGGGGCCCCUGUGAACAGUUAGUGUCUCCAGAACCAGAAAUAUUUAUGCUAGAUAGAGACGAUGAACACGAUGAAUUUCUAGUUUUAGCAUGUGAUGGUAUUUGGGAUGUAAUGCACAACGAAGAUCUAUGUAAUUUUAUACAUUCGAGGCUGCUGCUUACAGACGACUUAGAAGCAGUUACGAACCAGGUUAUAGAUACCUGUCUUUAUAAGGGUAGCAGAGAUAACAUGAGCAUAGUUUUGGUAACAUUUCCUGCUGCACCAAAGCCAAGCCCGGAAGCGCAGAUAAAGGAAACGGAGCUGGAAACGGCCAUUGAAAGGAGCAUUAAAGAAAUAGUUACUGCACAGGAGGAUGAGAAUGAAUUCGAUUUUUUGAAAUUGCUACAACUUCUUGCGGAUGAAGACUUUCCCAAUCUGCCUCCUGGUGGUGGUAUCUUAGCAAUGCUACCUUUCAUAGAACAAGUGUUUCGAGAAGUUUGUCCCAGUCGAGCGCAUAGUGUAAGUCUUGCAUUCGAAUUUUCCUUGUCGAAUUAGACAUGUUCCAUAAUCAUAACGAUGCAGAUGCUGACAGAAAUAUCUUUAUUUUAACGACCCCUUCUGAUGUAAAGAAAUUCGUUUUAAAAUUGUAAGAAAAGUACACUGGUAUAUUACAAACUAAGUCUUAUCUAAAAUAAAUCUGCCACUGAAUAUGAGCAGAUGGUAAAUUCUUGCAGUACGUUAUUGUUGGCGAAAAUAAAUUAGAGUUUAACAAUACAUCUAAA